AUGACUGUGGAAACCAAACCCAGCAACAUCAGUGACUCAAACCAGGAGGCAGAGCCUGAGCAGCUUUUGGAUGAUGAAGGAAACAAAAGCCCACCAGACAAAAAGACUUCCUCUUGCACUGGAUUGAAGGUGUUUCUGGCUGCUCUGUCCUUCAGCUACUUCAGUAAAGCCCUGUGUGGGACCAUAAUGAAGAGCUCCAUCACUCAGAUUGAGAGGAGGUUUGACCUGACCUCCUCUGUCGCAGGGCUUGUCGACGGGAGCUUUGAGAUGGGCAACCUGCUGGUGAUUGCAUUUGUAAGCUAUUUUGGAGCUAAGCUGCACAGGCCCAAAGUAAUUGCUGUGGGAUCCUUUGCUAUGGCUUUGGGAUGCUUUUUGUCAGCCAUGCCUCAUUUCUUCAUGGGGUACUACAAGUAUGAGACAACAUCGCACACAGCUGCUUCAGCCAGCUUAAAUUCCAGCAUAAAUCCCUGCUCCCUGCAUCAGGAUGAGAAUGACACUGUCCUGGAAGUCCCACGAGCAGGCUGUGAGAAGGAGCCAACAUCAUAUAUGUGGAUCUAUAUUUUACUGGGAAACAUGUUACGUGGGAUUGGUGAGACACCAAUAACACCCCUGGGCAUCUCUUACCUCGAUGAUUUUGCUAAAGAAGAGAAUGUUCCUGUGUAUGUAGGCUUUUUGCACACCAUAGCCAUGAUGGGCCCCAUGUUCGGAUUCCUGCUGGGAUCUCUGUGUGCAAAGCUGUACGUGGAUAUUGGAUUUGUGGAUCCAGGGAGCAUCACCAUCACCCCACAGGAUUCCCGCUGGGUGGGUGCAUGGUGGCUCGGCUUUUUGAUAGGUGGAGUACUCAGUUUCCUAUCUGCUAUUCCAUUUUGCUUCCUGCCAAAGAGCUUGAAAAAGCCAGAGGGAGCCAAGAAGGACAAAGCUUCACAUAGGCUCUUGGAAAACAUGGGGAAUAAACUUUCUCCUGAAAAAACCAAGCCAAGGAAGUGGUCAGCGAUGCUGAAAGAUUUCUAUAACUCCCUGAAAAAGGUAUUGGGUAAUCGAAUGUACUUUACAUUUUUGUGUUGCUCACUGUUACAGUUCAGUAGUUUUAUUGGUUUCGUGACUUACAAGCCAAAGUACAUGGAACAGCAGUAUGGACAAUCUACAUCCAAAUCCAACUUCCUAAUAGGAGUUACAAGCUUACCUCCUGUAGGUCUUGGGAUUUUCCUAGGAGGGCUUAUAAUGAAAAAGUAUAAAAUGGGCAUCAUUGCAGCAGCCAAGUUUUCAUUUAUCAUGUCAUUUUUGUCCUAUGCCAUGGGCUUGUUACACUUUUUUGUUGGCUGUGAUAACCACAUGGUGGCAGGAAUGACAGUGUCCUAUGAAGGCAACCCCAUUCCGUACCACAACAAUUCCCUGUUUUCGGAAUGCAACUCUCACUGCAAGUGUGCCUCCAACGUGUGGGACCCUGUGUGCGGAGCCAAUGGCAUCACCUACGUCUCUGCGUGUCUGGCUGGCUGUGGCACUUCUGUGGGACAUGGACAGAACACUGUCUUCCAUAACUGCAGAUGUCUUGAGAUCAGCAGUUCAUGGACAGGAAACAAUUCUGCCACCUUGGGGCCAUGUCCAAAAAGUGAUGAUUGCUCGAGGAAUUUCAUUUAUUACAUGGUAAUACAAGUCAUAGGUGGAUUUUUCUAUGCCCUGGGAGCCACUCCUUCAUUCAUACUGACGUUCAGAUGUGUCCAGCCAGAGCUCAAAGCUCUCGCAGUUGGUCUCUUCACACUGGUUAUGAGGAUGCUGGCUGGGAUCCCAGCACCAGUUUAUUUUGGAGCAGCCAUUGACAGGACCUGCCUGAAGUGGGGCAGCACCAGCUGUGGGAAGAGAGGGGCUUGCAGGCUCUACGACUCCAAUGCACACAGGUAUGUCUACCUUGGUUUAGGAGCACUUUUAAGAGGUCCUUCCUUUUUGGUUGCAAUAAUUUUUUAUACAAUGAUAAAGAAACACUUUCAAAAUAAGAACUCCAGGCCUGUGGAGAAUGGACAAGAAGAUGCUGCUAUGAAUAAAGAAGACAAUUGCAAGAUCAAAGAUCGUUUGCCAGGUUCUUCUGAUGCAGAGAAUGAAUCCUCUAUUUAG